CUCUGUGGAAGAUGGGUGUCUACCGCAUCUGUGUGUCUACUGGGUCCUCGCUCUUCGCAGGCUCCACCAAUCAGGUGCAGCUGUGGCUGGUGGGCCAGCAAGGGGAAGCCAAGCUCCGGAAGCGCUUGCAGCCCGAGAGGGGCAAGGAGACUGAAUUCCAGGAGGACGUGAAGGAGUACCUAGGGCCGCUGCUGUUCGUGAAAAUUCGCAAAAAGCAAUUACUACAGGAUGACGCCUGGUUCUGCAACUGGAUCUCCGUGCAGGGCCCUGGGGCCAGUGGGGACGAGUUCCGGUUCCCGUGCUAUCGCUGGGUGGAGGGCAGUGGCGUCCGGAUGCUCCCGGAGGGCACAGGCCGCACGUUGGUAGAGGACCCUCAAGGCCUGUUCAAGAGACACAGGGAGGAGGAGCUGGAAGAGAGAAGGAAGCUGUACAGAUGGGGUAACUGGAAGGAUGGGUUAAUCCUGAAUGUGGCUGCGGCCAAUUUAGAUGACCUCCCGCAAGAUGAGAGGUUUCUGGAGGACAAGAGAAUUGACUUUGAGGCUUCACUGGCCGUGGGGCUGGCCAAAUUAGUUGUCAAAGAGUCUCUAAAUGUUCUUGUUCGCUGGCAUGAUCUGGAUGACUUCAACAGGAUCUUCUGGUAUGACCACAGCAAGCUGGCUGCCAAGGUGCGGGACUCCUGGAAGGAGGAUGCCUUCUUUGGGUAUCAGUUUCUCAAUGGCGUCAACCCCAUGCUGCUAAGGCGCUCCAGUCGCCUUCCUGCCCGCCUAGUGUUCCCUUCUGGGAUGGAGGAGGUGCAGGCCCAGCUGGAGCAGGAGCUGAAGGGAGGCACGCUGUUUGAAGCUGACUUCUCCCUGCUGGAUGGGAUCAAGGCUAACGUCAUCCUAUGUAGCCAGCAAUACCUGGCUGCCCCUCUGGUCAUGCUGAAACUGCAGCCUGAUGGGAAACUCUUGCCCAUGGUCAUCCAGCUCCAAUUGCCACGCACGGGAUCGCCACCACCACCACUUUUCCUGCCCACGGAUCCCCCGAUGGCCUGGCUCCUGGCCAAAUGCUGGGUCCGUAGCUCUGACUUCCAGCUUCACGAGCUUCUCUCUCAUCUUCUGAGGGGACAUUUAAUGGCUGAGGUUAUCGCUUUGGCCACCAUGAGAUGCCUUCCAUCGAUACAUCCUAUCUUCAAGCUGAUAAUCCCCCACCUGAGAUACACCCUGGAAAUUAAUGUGCGGGCCAGGACUGGGCUGGUCUCCAAACGUGGCAUUUUUGACCAGGUGGUGAGCACCGGUGGUGGAGGCCACGUGGAGCUGCUUAGGCGCGCUAGAGCCUCUUUAACGUAUAGAUCAUUCUGUCCCCCUGAUGACCUGACUGACCGGGGGCUUCUGGGAGUCAAGUCUUCUUACUAUGCUCAGGAUGCUCUGCGGCUCUGGGAAAUCAUGUAUCGCUAUGUGGAGGGAAUUGUGAGUCUUCACUUUAAGACGGACAAGGCGGUGAAAGAGGACCUUGAACUGCAGACCUGGUGUCGAGAGAUCACUGAAAUUGGCCUGCUAGGGGCCCAGGACCAAGGAUUUCCCAUGUCCUUAGAGUCCCGGGACCAGCUUUGCCACUUUGUCACCAUGUGCAUCUUCACCUGCACUGGCCAGCACUCUUCCGUUCACCUGGGCCAGCUGGAUUGGUAUGCUUGGGUCCCUAAUGCACCCUGCACAAUGCGGCUGCCCCCACCGACCACCAAGGAUGUGACACUGGAGACGGUGAUGGCAACACUGCCCAACUUUCAUCAGGCUUCUCUCCAGAUGUCCAUUACCUGGCAACUGGGCAGACGUCAGCCCAUUCGUGUUCUUCUGGGCCAGCAUGAGGAGGAGUAUUUUUCAGGCCCUGAGCCCAAAGCUGCGCUGAAGAAGUUCAGGGAGGAGCUGGCUGCCCUGGAUAAGGAAAUUGAGAUCCGGAAUGCAAAGCUGGAUAUGCCCUAUGAGUACCUGCGACCCAGCAUGGUAGAAAACAGUGUGGCCAUAUGAGCACCCCGGCCUGUGGUUGUUCCAGC